AGUCAGAGAUUGACAGAAUACAAGUAUCUCUGGAAUAAGACUCUUUCAUUACUUACUUUUAGUAAAAGAGAGCUAACCAGUAUUAAAAAUGAAGUAUAUGAUAAUUUUCAAAACUGGACUUCACUGAAAGGAGAAGUUUUUCUGCAAAUUAAAUCCAUAAGUGAAACAGCCUUGACAGAAAUAAAGAUGCUAAAUAAAAGUUUGACAGUGUCCCAGAGAAAUAAUGUAUGCCUUGAAGAGGAAAUGAAAAAUCUGAAAUUGUCGUCAGAUGCAGCCAUAUUGAGAUCUCAGCAAAUUGAGACAUCCAAACAACAGGAAGUAAACUUGCAAACCAGAUGCCAUGACUUGCAAAAGGAAGUACUAGAUUUACAGUGUCAAGUUGAAGCAUGUGGGCUAAAACUUCAGAAGGCAGUGACUGAGAUGGACAACUAUGAAGAAAAGCUCAUGAAUAAAUCUAAUGAAGCUGAUGAGUGUCAAAGAGAACUUAGAAAACUGAAGUUCGAAUCCAUUAUUUCUGAGUCACGGCACACCAGAUUGCUUAAAGAAAAGGAAGACUCUUUAAUGACUUGUCAACAAAUAUAUAAAACUUUACAGGAAGAACUGACUGCAAAAGAAAGGCAAGAAGCUGACUUAAAAAGAAGAAUUAAUCUUGCAGAAAACGAACUGGAAAUAACCAAAACUCUUCUGAAUCAGACAAAGCAAGAGGUUGUAACACUGAAAAGUGAAAGGGAAUUGAUGCUGAUUUCACAUCAGAAAAGCAUGGAGCUGUUGCAGGAAACCCUUAGACAGAAGAUGCUGAAUGGUGAUAACUGGAGGGAGAAGAUUGAAGCUGAACUUGCCAAGGAAAGGGCCCAACAUUUAGUUGAAUUUCAGGAGCAAGCUCUUCUCUUUAAAGAAGUUAAACUGGAACUCGAUAUUGAAAAGGAAAAACACCAAGAAAUAAUCCAAAAGUGUAAGAAAGAGCAAGAAGAACUACAAAUGAAGAUAUCUGACUUAAUUGAAGGUGCUACUAAAGAUCUAAGGCUGAAAGUGGCUGCUCUUGAAGAAAAGCUCCAUGAAUCCCAUAUUCAAUAUACUGAAGAAUCUGAGUUAAAGGAGAAAGAAAUCGAAAACCUUAAAAAUUUGGUUGCAGAAUUUGAAUCACGCUUGAAGAAGGAAAUUGACAGUAAUGAUUCAGUUUCAGAGGACUUGAGGAAGGAAAUGAAACAGAAGUCAGAUGAACUGGAAAGAGUAAUGCUGGCACAAGCACAACUGAUACAGCAAUUCAACCAGUCCCAGGAAGAGAACACUUUUCUUCAGGAAACAGUGCGUAGAGAGUGUGAAGAACGCUUUGAACUGACGGAGGCUUUGAGUCAAGCCAGAGAACAGCUCCUGGAGCUCAGGAAGCUCGGAGGACGGUUACCCCUAUCCCCAUGCUCCCUCACCCAGGGCAGCCUAACCUCCUCUGUUGCAGCUAGCAGCAGUCAGGGAGAGAAGAGGCUCACAAGACUGAACUCUGAAAAGAGAAUCAAAAUCCCCAGCCUGCACGGAGUGUCGAAACCCACCACUUCCCCAGCCUCAACUCAGCCCAGCAGGGUCAGCAGCUCAGGUUUGCCCACCUUCACCCAGCCACACCCUCCCCGGGGUCGACCGUCUUCAGUCAGUGAGACCCGGCAGAGACUGGCUGUCAUUCUGCAGAGGAGACUGAGUCAGCAGUGA